CACAGAAAUGAUAGAAGCACCCGUAUCGCUUUAAGGGAUCGAAUCGUGAGAUUUAUAGAGGAUUCGAGGACUGGUUAUUGCUCCCCAUAAAUCAGCUAGCCCACCAGCUGUCUGAUAAUUUGAUGUUGUAGAGUUCUCUAUCAACCCUUUUAGAAUGGAUUUUAUUGAGCAGAAAAGACACAAAGAGCUGGCCAAUCCAUCUUCAUUUUACCGCUUGGUCUACUCAGAGAUAGAAGAAGUUGGAUGGGAGCGUCUGGUUCGUUUCGGUGGAGAUUUAGAGUUCCUUAGUUUUCGCAUUACAGAUAAGAAGGGAAGAGUGCAUAUCAUGGAAAUUCAGUUGGAUAAAACCUAUCCGCAAGAGCCACCUUCAGUUUCUGCGGAGGUACCAUAUAUAUUCAAUGUUAAAUGGUCAGUAAAAUCAAGAUUAAAAGAUUUGGUGCAACAGUUCCGAGAGCAUUUGGAAAAGCUUCAGGAGUUUUGGUCUACCUUGGAGGAUAUUGAUCAUUCUCUUUGUGUCACUAACAAGAAAAAGUUGUCUCGCGCCACAACUUGUCGCCAAAUUGAUAUAGGAAAUGAUUGUUCGAUAAUGUUGUCUAUAAAUGCCAGAGAUCCUAGAUCUUUGCCAGAGUGUCGCUUUAUGGGCUCUGGUCCAGUGGUGAACCCUGUGAGAAAGUUAUGGCUAAGAAAUAAAAAACGAUGGAUGAAGGAUAAAACACUUCCUGAAAAUCUUGCAUUUAUUUUGGAGACUGAACUACCAAGACCAUCACAUGUCCUGGAGAAUGAUCAGCAAGUUGAAUGUGGAAUCUGUUAUUCCCAAUACCUUCCCAUCGAUGAGGAGCUUGGAUCUAGGAGUGGUGCUGGAACUGACCAUACAUGUGAUAAUACCAGUUGUGGCAGGGCUUUCCAUACUGUUUGUCUGGUGGACUGGCUGCGCUCUAUCACCACAACUAGGCAAUCGUUUGAUGUCCUGUUUGGUAAUUGCCCGUACUGUUCCGAGCCUGUUGCAGUCAAAUUGAAUGAUAAAAAGAAGUAUGUCUAGGUCUUCAAAGCAUUGUACGAUAAAAGGAAGCAUUGUUGUUAAACAUGAUCUCAUUGCUUUGUAAGACAACGAAUUCCUCAGCUGACCACUCCAUUCCCGCAAGUCCUAGUAAAUCUGCCAAUUCUUGAAAAAUCAACUCUUAAAGUGAGAAACUAUGGUGAUUUCAGGGACCACUUUUGUUACUCAUUUAUAUAUUCCACAAUUUCAUUUAAUGUGACCUGCGAUACAGCAAUGAUAUGCAACUUUCAAUUCA